CGAGAAGGUCAACUGAGAGUUCUCUGCUAUCCUUUACCGUCAGUGAAUAGUUUCUGGGGAGAACGUCUCUCUCUCCCUCUCUCUCUCUCUCUCAGGAACACAGAGGGAGCCGAAACAACACCAUUGUUCGCUAACUUAAAUAUUUCACCUAAACUUCCGGACGGUAGAGUGUGUGUAGUGCCACCGUAGUCAGUAUGAGGAGGUGUAGUAUGUUGUUCCUACUGCUGGUGAUGAUGUGUGGCCCAGCAACAGGCUACCAGGUGCUUGUGCUCACUCCAGUAGCCACUCGCAGCGUCUAUAAUCUGUGUUGGUCACUCUCAGUGGCUCUGGGUGACGCUGGCCACUCCGUCACCCUAGUGUCCUCCUAUGAUGCAUCGUCCAAACACGAAAAUGUGACGGAAGUCCACACUGGCGCCGACUUAUUAGAGGUUAAUUCUUUUGCGUUGGGACAUAACACCAUGCUGAAUCAUGUGAAAAUUCUGGAAAUUGCUGGAGAAACCGGCAGGAGGAUGUGGUCUAACGAGGCAAUACAACGACUAUGGCAACAGAGGGACAGUUACCAAGCCAUAGUAAUAAUUGGCUUUGUCAAUGAGGUGGCUGUACCAUUUCUCCUGGAUUACAAAGGUGCGCACAUCAAUCUCUGCACUCCAGGGAUAGAACCUUUGCACAUGAAGGAGCAAGGCAACUGGCUGCCCAUGUCCGUCGUGCCAGGAAUUGUCACGACGUUCACCCAUGACAUGACCUUCAUGGAGAGAGUUCUUAACCCACUACUCACCCUGUGGCCUUACCUCUGGUACCAGUAUAAUGUGAUGCCCCGCUUCCAGGAACUGCUGCAGGAGUUCUUCCCUAAUUUGCCUCCUCUUACCACACUCUACUGGAACAGCUCCCUGACCCUCAUUAACAGCCACUACGCCGUGGACGGACCUGUACCACUGCUGCCCACACAGGUGGAGGUGGGCACCAUCAAUGCCAAGAAGGCCAGCCCACUCCCUCAGGAUCUGGAGGAGUUCAUGGAGGGAGCUGGGGAGGCCGGGGUCAUCGUCUUCAGCCUUGGUAGUGUGGUCAAGAGUGGUCAGAUCCCACACGGAUACAAGAUAAUACUGGUGGAGGCGUUCAGACGGCUCCCUCAGCGGGUCUUGUGGAAGUACGAGGAUGAUGACCUGGAUCUCCCCGCCAACGUCCUCACCAGGAAGUGGCUCCCCCAACAGGAUGUACUAGGUCACAGGAGGACGCGAGUGUUCAUCUCUCACUGUGGUAACUUGGGCAUUCAGGAGGCACUCUACCACGCCGUGCCAGUCCUCGCCCUCCCCAUCGCCCACGACCAGCCCCGUAAUGCCCACCGUCUUGCCAAGAAUGGAUACGCUUAUCUCCUCAACUGGAAGGACCUGAGUGUCGACGCCAUCCUGAACGGAGUCGAGACGCUCCUCAGGGACCCGACAUACCGUGAGAGAGUGAAGGAUGUCUCAAGGAUGCUGCAGGACCAGAAGGAGAGCGCUGGGGAGAGGGCCGUGUGGUGGGUGGAGCACGCCAUCCGUCAUCAAGGAUCCCCCCUCCUGGUGUACGCUGGCAAGAGACUCAACUUCAUCCAGUACAUAAUGUUGGAUGUGUUCGUCUUCUGGCUGGUGGUGCUGUCGUCGUGGGCCUUCCUCUCCUACUACUGCGUCAGGAGGCUGUUUGGCUGGUGGUGUUGUCGUAGUGGGAAGGAUAAGAUAGAGUGACGGUAAAGGAUAAAGAAGAAGAAAAUAAAAUGAGAGUAUAAUUUAGGCGUAAGAUAUACUGGUAUAUUAAUAGUAAUGUAUGUUGAUAGGAAGACCGGGGAAUGCAGUUUACCAAAAUGCCAUGAAGAAGGAUGAAUUAUGCAGAGGAAAGAUGGUUUAUACUGGUGGACCAAAGAAGAAAUGUUGUACCUUUGGGUCAGAGAGGAUGAUAAGCUGCACCCAUAGACAGUCAUGGUAAUAGUAAGAGAACAAAUAAACAUAGUAAUAAUAAUAAUAAUAAUAAUAAUAAUAAUAAUAAUAAUAAUAAUAAUAAUAAUAAUAAUAAUAAUAAAGGUUUUUGAAAAAGGUACAGUAGCCAAAAGGUUGAGAAAAAAAAUCGAUAGAAAUGAUAUUCCAUACAGCUGGCCUGGGCAACCCGCGGCCCAAACCAGUUCUGUGUACGGCCCGCAGAGUGAAUGAGAAAUUGUAUUUAAUGUGGCCCGCAGUGAAACAGGUAUAAAUAGUCAACAAUAUAAACAUUUCAACUAGUUUACGGGCCAAGUUGGGUGCGGUCUGUUAGAUGGAUUAGCUGUUAUGUGGCAGUGGGUCAGUUGGGCAUUAACGUUUUUUAGGAAAGUCUUCGAGGUAGUAGAUAAUGACGAAAAUUACUAUGUUAUUUACUUAGACUUUAGCAAAGCAUUUGACAGAGUACCGCAUC